CUUUAUGUGCCUCUGCGGAAGAAUUUUAUUUAUAGAUAAGUGUAUUAUCCUGUCUUUUAUAAAUAAAAACACAUCUAAGAUAUUGUGACACAUCAGUUGGGUUUUGCAAUUGUCAAAGAUGCCAAACCUACUGAUACUUUGUACACUGAUAAUUUCUACAGCAGCUUCACCUUUUCUGAUACCAAACCCAAAAACAGUAGAAGUAGUAACAAACUACACAAACUAUCGAUUACCGGAAAAUAUUAUUCCUACAAGAUAUGAGAUCAAUCUAUUAGUACCUCAAAACGCUUUAGAAGGAGGAAACCCCAAUUUUUCAGGCGAAGUGAGCAUAACUUUUAAUCUAAUAGCAGCUUCAGAUACUAUCCUUAUUCACUCCUUAGUAGACUUUACUAUUGAAGGUGUUACUUUAGAGGGUUUUAAUACAAUCACUGCUGAAACCACAGUUACUAGUACCCCAUAUUACGCUACUGCUAUCACAUUUGAUAAUGCUACUGAAAUGGCAGCAAUAACAUUCAAUGCAACUCUACCAAUAAUUACUCAUACUCAUUAUAUUUUGAGUAUACGUUUUAAUGGUGAUUUGGAAACCGCUGGUAUGCAUGGUUUCUACAGAAGUGAAUACAAUGUUGAUAAUAAUUUAAAAGAAUAUUUGGUUUCUACACAAUUUGAACCAACUCAUGCUAGAAGAGCUUUCCCAUGCUUCGAUGAACCUCAGUAUAAAGCAGUAUUUGUUUUAACGAUUGUUCAUCCGACAGUAUUCACUGCAGUAUCCAAUACUCUAGGAUCCAGUAUUAUAGGUUCUAUAGGAAUUUCAACUACAACCUUUGCAGAAACACCUGUGAUGUCUACAUAUACAUUAGGUUUUGCAGUUUCAAAAUUUACUUGCACUGAACAAAUUGUGGGUGCUGUUGUUCCUAUUCAAUACAGAGUGUGUUCAAGAGAAGCUUUUGCGCAAAAAAGAAGUGUAGGUCUGAAUUAUAGCGUCCAAAUAAUGAGUGCGUUGGAUAUCUGGACAGAUGUACCAUACAGUUCAAUGGGUAUUGGUAAAAUAGAUCAAUUCGCCACACUGGAUGGUGGCGCUAUGGAAAACUGGGGAUUGGUUACUUACAGAGAAAAUCUUCUAUUGUACGAUGCACUGCACACUUCAAAUGCACUCAAACAGAAAAUAUUAUCAACAAUUGCGCACGAAUUUUCACAUAUGUGGUUCGGUAAUUUGAUAACAACCCAGUGGUGGGACACCAUAUUUUUGAACGAAGGAUUUGCCACAUAUUUCGAAUACUUCAUCUUGAAUCCGAUGAUAGAACUUGCAAGUUACGAAAUGGAUAAGCAAUUUAUAAUAGAUGUCCAAAAAACUGCACUCGAAGCAGAUGGAUUAUUAACGUCAAAUUCCUUGACCUCUGAAGCCUGGACACCGAAUCAAAUUAAAAAAAAAUUUUCUCCUAUUUCGUACAAUAAAGGAGGCUGCAUUUUGAGAAUGGUUGAAAAUGUAGUACAUUCGACAAAUUUCCAAUUAAGUGUUCAACAAUAUAUAUCAUCUUCUUUCUCAUCUACAACACCAAACCUUCUUUGGGCCACUUUCAAAUUAACUUCAGAACCAAAUUUAUUUUUUACGUUUACUGAGUUCAUUGACGCUUGGACAAAUUCAGCUGGUUAUCCAGUGAUACAUGCUACUGUAAACGGAAGUGAUAUCGUCCUAAACCAGAAGCGUUUCUUGUACAGCGGUACUGAUAAUAGUUCAACCCAGUGGUACGUCCCAAUAGUUUAUAAAGAUCCCAAUGCAAUGACUACCAGUACAGUUUGGUUGUUGCCAAAUAACAACGUUACUAUAGAAAAUGGGUCUGCUGCUAACAGCUGGGUCGUAUUAAAUCAAGGUGCCUCUGGUUACUUCAGAGUUAAUUACGAUACUGUUCUUCGUGAGAGAAUAAUAUCCACGUUGCAAACUAACUAUUCAGUAGUAUCUGACAUAGAUAAAGCUCAAAUAAUAGACGAUGCCCUCAACUUAGCAAGAGCUGGCCAUAUUAAGUACUCAGAAGCAUUUAAAAUGCUGAAUUACCUCGUAAAUGAGACGUCGUACUAUCCCUGGAAGGCUGCAAUUAGUGGGUUCAAUUUCCUUGCUACACGUGUAGGAGAGGAAUCUGAAGUAGGGCGUAGCCUCAAUACAAAAAUACUGGAACUGAUCGAAAAUGUUUCAAAUGGUAUAUCGACAAUAAAUUGGACAGAGGUAGAUCAUGUUACUGGCAUCAAAUUAGGAAUGAUAUGGACUGCUGCUUGCAGAGCUGGUCAAACGACUUGCAUUACAGAAUCUACAAGAUUAUUCAAAAACUUUAAGAUAAACGGUACCAGCAUCAAUCCCAACAUUAGGAAAGCCGUUUAUUGUAAUGCUCUCCGUCACAGCACGAUCGCCAGUGAUUGGCAAUUUUUGUGGAAUAGACUUCAAACUUUCGAUGAUCCCCAUGAAUCGCUUUAUAUUCGUGAUAGUCUCGGGUGUACAAAAGACAGAAAUCGACUGAUGUUUUUGCUGGAUCAGUCUAUAACUAAUCCGUCAGUGAUAAGAAUUCAAGAUAUAUUACCACUGUGGAAUUCGAUAUACACCAGUAGCCAAGUAGGAUUGCAAGUGGCUUUGGAACAUUUUACAACAAAUCAUGCAAAUAUUAUUCAAUACUAUCCAGGAGCCUCGUCUAUUUUAUCAGGAAUAGCUUCAGUGCUUUCAUCUUCUGGUGAAAUACAGCAGUUGGAAACGUUUUUGGGUCAACAGCAAAAUGGUACAAUUGUGAGUGAAGCAGCAUCGGCGGCUUUAACGUCUGCCAAGGAAAAUUUAGAAUGGCAACAAAGUAUCGAAGGUGAUCUUCGAACAGCAUUUGGUCUUCCUCAAAUAAAUAACAUUGAACCUGUCAACGGCAGUUCAUCUACAUAUGCGAAGAUGUUUUUAUUGAUUUUAGCGUCUCUGUUUGUGAUUUACCAUUAAAAUUGUUGUACAUUAAUUAUUAUUAAAGUUCUUAAUGUUUAUGCAAUAAGUAUAAUUGGCAGGGGAGAUCAAAAUAAAAAUUUUUUGUUUAAUGAAUUAAAUAUGAUCGAAAACGCGUAAUUUCCGAAAUUCAGGAACUUUUAUACAAAAUUAAUAAAGCCCAGUAGAUAUUUGCAAUUUUCAUAAUUAUUUUGAAUAAAGCAACUAAAAUUACAACUUUUUUGACCCUUGAUAUUUUUCUGUAUUUCUCUUUGUUUUCGAGAAAAAUAAAUGAAUAUCUAAACUAUAAAAAAUAUAACUAAAAACAAAAACGAAGCUAGAUACUAAAAAAAUUGACGGACAAAAAGUUGUGCCCCGUGGGCACGCCUAUGGAAAUGUUUAAUAAAAGCAAAUAGGUCCAAAAGAUACCUUCAUCAAGAUUUCAACAAAGUGUGAAAGUUUCACUGAAAUGGCUUAAAACGUUUUCAAGAUAUUGAUUAAAAUUCUUUUUUUUUUUUUAUUGACACCCUAUAAAUAUCUCAGCAUACGUUUAUUAAGCAAAAAUGUUUGUUUCGAUGUCCCAUAUCGCCCCUAAAAGUUUAUUGAUAUAUUUACAUGACAGCCUGUAAUUAAAAUAAAGAUAGGUAGGAUACGAUUACAAUAAGAAGAACACCGCUACGUCAUAAUUAUUAUUUCGAAUUUAAAAUAUAUAGGUAUCUAUAACUAUCAAUAAAUAAAGAAUAUGCGAGUUGUUUUCCUAUAAUAACACAAUAGCCAACAAAUUACUCCGCGCCAAUUGAUGAUGUAGCUGUGUUCUUCUUAUUGUAAUCGGACAAAGAAAAAUAAAUACUUAUCGCAUUUUCAAUGUAUUUUUAAAAUUAAUAAUAAAAGC